CUUUUUUCUUUUAUAAUUUUUAUGGUCUUGUUUUGCUGCUUUUACUCUGAAAACUAUAUUUUUUUCAUCAAUGUUUAUUGUGAAAAAUAAUACCAUCUGAAUCAAAGUUUAGAUCAAACAAAAAGAAAAAAAAAAUUCCUCCAUGAUAAUAUAUAUUGGUUACAUUUAAAGACUUUGCCUUAAACUAAAAUUAGUCUGAUGCAAUUUUAAGUGUUCCAUAGCUCUCCUGGGCCUUAAAGAACAGGUAAUUUGAGUGGCUUCUUAUAGUUGACCUAGGUGAAAGGUUAGUUGCUCUUAAUCCAUUCAGGGAUAUUCACUGUUAAUCUACUAAUUGGAUAAUUUUGGCUGAUGCUGUAUGAUUCUGUUUGUGUACAUAAUGUAUCAUUUGCUAGUACUUUUUGUGAUUUGCUCUUUUAAUGUAUUGUUAUGUGUUGAUGAGUAGCAGAAACUUGAUAUCAACCAGCUUGAAAGGCCUUCCUUUUACAGCUGGACCAGAUAAAAUAUUCGGUCAUGAGGUUGUUUUUUGUGUUCUCUGAAAUUAGAUCUCCAUGGCCACUCCGACAGCUUCCCCACCAGUGAAUCUUUCUUUCACCUGCACCGAUGAGGAGGUCGUUAUUGCUUUGUACAAAUUGACCAGUGGAUAUCCUCUACCAAGCAAUGUUAUUGAAGAAAAUCCUUACAGACUCAAUCCUGAAAAUUUACCUGAUGGUCAUUGGUUCUUGAUUUGCUCAAGGGAGAACAUUGAUAUGGAACAUGGCCUUUGGAAGAUCAAAGAGGAGGCCUGUGAAGUAUUCUCAAACUCUGAUAUUAUUGGUUGGAGAACCACUCUUGAAUAUAAGGGUCAAGUCCCUUAUGAGAGUAAAACUAACUGGUUGAUGCAAGUAUUCAGCACAACUCUGAAGAGACUGUCUGAUGACAAUGAGAAAAAGGAAAUGAGCUCCCUAUGCAGAGUGUUUCUUGUUCCCAGCCAUGAGAUGCAGCAGAGAGUGUCUAGUGCUGGUAUUGACACAGAAAUUAGGAAUCAGUUGGCACAACCUCCUGUUCUGGAUGCUAACAGCUGUACAAGAAUCGGUUCCUCAAGCAACCCUGUGGUGAACAAGCCUGACGAGACAGAAGUAUUGGCUGUUGCAGAGAGACUUCCAGUUCGAGAGCAUCAAGGAGAGAACCUAGUCGAAUUAGAUUUUUUCUCAAGACCUGAUCUCUUUUCAGGAGGUAACUUCAUAGAAUUGAAGGAUCUGGAUAACCCUGCAUCUUCUUCAAGUUCUGAAAAUUCAAGCGCCAUGAGCAUUUCAUCGGAUGAAUGUUUUGAUUCAAUGGCUUUCUUGCAAGACCUUGAGGACCAAAAUGUAGAACAGAAUGAUGCAGGUAGAAGGCUUAAUGUCUCUGCGCCCAACAAAUCGGAUGAUGUGGUUAUAGUUUCAGCCACUUUAGGAUCUUUAGUUCGUGUUGAGGGAAGCAACUCAACUCGUAAUGAAUUCUGCAAAACCGCUGGCUCUGUGCCUGUUUCUGCUUCUGGGAGUAAAGACCGAAACAACAAGGUUGCAAAGCAUGCAAAAGGGAAUCAAAGGGGUGAAGUUCCAUUGUCAGCGUCGUCGUCGUCAUCAUCAUCAUCAUCAUCAUCCGACAGCCAUACGGCAGCAGCAGGUGGAAGAAAGAGAGCAGCAUUUGGCGGAAUGAAAAAACUUGGAAGGAAGUACUUAUGCUUUAUAUCAUGUUAGAUAAUUGUUUUCACACGUACAUCAUUUGUAAGGUAGUAAAUUAGUAUCAUAUUCACUAGGUAGUGAAUUAGUAUCAUAUUCACUAGGUAGUGAAUUAUAUCAUAGUGUGCAGAUUAACUGCUAUGUAUGAGUGCAGCUUCAAGGUCAGGGGUAAUUAGACAAAUGAAAUAAAAAUUUUUUUUAUGAAAGAAUCA